AUGUCCAAUAAAGUAGUAGUAGAAAAACGAAAACCUGCUGAGGGAUCGAUUCAUAAACGUGUCCCUCAACGACCCGCAACAGUGCCAACAGACAUAUAUAUAUGCAAUAAAACCAAAACUCAGGCUAUUAUAAAAAGAGUGAAAAGAUUAAUGCUGAGAGAGAAUCAUAAAUCAAUAACUAUUCAUGGCUUAGGAGCCAUGGUAAUCCGUGCCUUAUCAAUGGCUUUAGCUGCCCAAGAAGCACUCGAAAACCAAAUUGUCCUCAAACCUACAACAGAAACAGUAUAUCUGGUCGAUGAUAUAAUCCCUGAUGAUAUGGAUAAAGACAUCCAAGAAAAAUAA